GGAGAGCCGCCCAUAUAACGAAUAACUUAGACUCAUAGAAAAAACAUACAACAACUUACUUUCAAAUUUUUAUGCUUCGCAUCAUAGUUUUUGAUCGCUGUUUGUAUAAUAAUAUCAUCUUUAGUAACCUCUGUUUUGGAAACAAUUCUUACACAUUUUUCUAAUAUAACCAACAUAAAAAUAAACAAACAAGCAUGCUCAAACCAACGUUCCUCGCCUAUUUUGUGUUAGUUUUCCAAGUUAUGUCCCAAUUCAUAUGCAUUUACACUGCCUUUACAUCACGAUGGGUUUUGGGAGACAGCAACUGCAACAAUACCUGUGGUUUAACCCAAGCCCUCACCCGGGCUAAUUUCUCCUUCUCACCUGCAAACGUGACUAAUAUCGCCCAAAAUAAUCUCUCAAUUAUUGAGAGCGUUUUCCUGAACGAAUCGGAUUCGUACAAGAAGACUUGUGAGUUCGCGCCUGCGAUUCUUCCGACUAUUGAAAGCUUGUUUCCGCGUCAAAACACGACUCAGGACGAGACAGAAAGUACAACGGUGCAACCCGGGGAUGAAAGUACCGCAAUUCAAGAUUUUCAAAUGGUGUACCGGAUGAAAGCAUUCGUGGGGUUGUUUCGCUCUUGCGACCAGAGCUUCUAUCACAACUCCUCCUUCCCUGACAUGGUCAGGUGUAGGUGGGGGGAAUCGGGUCUCGUCACCUCACCCGUGCGAACUGACAUGGAACGAACUGAGGCCAUUCUGAUGACGGCAAUUGUGGCUUCUCUGGUGUUCGUCAUUUUAUACCUGCUGUCUGAAGUUCUGCGCGUGCUGGAGUACAACUUCCGCUUUGAGAAAUUCAUCUACGGAGCUAGUGUGUUCAUGUCUAUUGUCCAGUGGAUACUCUGUCUGCUGGCUGCACUGCUCGGAACAUCCGCCAUGGAAGACGUCAUUAAGGUCAUCGAAUUGGAGGCUGGUUCGGACGUCUGUUUCGUAGUGGAGAAGGAGUUCGCCUCGUACAUGUUGUGGGUGAUGCUGGGUUUCAACUCCAUCCCUCUCCUCAUCUCCGUUGCGCUAUUCGCCACAUUCAUCGCCAACAGAACCAUCCAGAGGAAGCACAGAACGGCACCCUCUGUCGCCACUAGAUAGAUCCAACACCCCCAACCCCCCUCCAACCCAUUGCCUAUACGCUUCUUCAAAACGAAGGCCCCUACAGAUAGAUUACCGACACUUCUACACUUCAUCAAUACGAUAUACUGCUUAUGCAACGUCAACCUCACUUAGAAAACGAAAUUUAGAAAGUUACAAAUGAUUACUAGCAGAUAAAAUUAACAUGGUUUUGAGAUUUA